AUGCCGGCUUCAGAACUUACAUUCCAACACAUAUGUGCUCUUACAUCAGUAUUCACAAAUUUUCUAUUAAUGCUCCUAAUUCUCACCAAGUCGCCGUCACAAUUGGGAACCUAUAAGUGGCUCAUGUUGUACACAUGUCUAUUUGAGCUGGCUUAUUCCUCGCUGGACAUUUUCGUAGAGCCGACAAUCCGAUCAUUUCAAUCGGUUAGCUACGUUCUUCAACGUUUGAGAAGAUCAUUGUUUGGCCACGACGCUACAUUCUUUUUUCUGAGUUAUGGAUUUUGCAGAUUCUUCAAGCAAAACUACAUAAGAGGUGCAAAACAAAGUCUUCUUUUUGUUGCCCCAGUCGUUACUGGGGUCGCUUGGGGACUUUUGAGCUGGCUAACUUUGAACGAAACUCCUUCGAAAUCGGAGUUUUUAAAAACACACUUCCAACAACUAUACAACAUGAAAAUCGAGGAAUGUGCUUAUGUAGCUUUUCAUUUUUGGCCUGUAGAUGCUCACGGGGUGACUCAUCCAGACGCUAUUUCAUUUCUUUGUGUAGCUGUGAUGUUUCUAAUACUGGGAUCCUCGUUUGCCAGUGUGAUCUACUUCGGGAUCAAAUGCUAUCAAUACAUAUCGAUCCAACUUGGAAAUGUAUCCUCACAGUCACAGGCUACCAAGACUCUUCAAGUUCAACUUUUCUACUCUUUAAUCUUUCAAACCGCAAUUCCAUGUAUUUUCAUGUACUUACCAACUAGCGCCAUGUUCAUUAUUCCGAUGCUUGAUCUUGGCUACGAUAUUCGAUUUCCGCUUCUUUCCAUGACUAUUGCAAUCUACCCUGCAAUCGAUCCACUUCCAACAAUUUUUAUAAUUAAGAGCUACAGAAGGGGAUUGACAGAUGUGUUUCGGUGCCGGAAGAGAAAUCAUGUUGCAGCUAGUAAUUCUUAA